AGGCUAAAAUCUCAAAUUAGACAUAAACAUAAACCUUAAUAAGAAGUUAAAAAAAAACAAAUACAAAAAGCAAAAAGGAAUUGCAGCAGCACAAGGAGAAGAAGAAGAAAUUGGUGAAAAAAAGUCAAUAUCAUCCUUCACAAAACACUUGAUCUAGAAGCAAUUGACACCCUAGAAGAUUCAUAAACCGAUUGUUUAAAUGAUCUCAUAAACCCCAUAUGUUGAAUUUUUGAUAGGAACAGAUUUUUUUUUUUUUUGAUUUUGAUUUGGUGAAGAAUGAUGAAUUCUGGGAUUAGUAGUAAUUCGAUGUCGUCUUCAUCGGCACCGGGGAAUAACAGCAGUAACAACGCACAAUCACCUGGUUUGAAGACGUAUUUCAAAACCCCAGAAGGAAGAUACAAGCUUCAGUAUGAGAAGACUCACCCUGCUGGGCUUCUUCAUUAUGCUCAUGGAAAGACUGUAACUCAGGUGACUCUUGCUCAUCUCAAGGAUAAGCCGGCACAUGCGCAGCCCCAAGCAUCAUCAAGUUUUGGUGUGAGUAGUGGUGUUAGGUCAGCUGCAGCAAGGUUCUUAGGUGGAAACGGUAGUAAAACACUUAGUUUUGUUGGAGGAAAUGGUGGAGGUAAGUCUAUCAGUGGCCUGAGUGGUAGGGUUGGAUCAUUUGGGGUGUCAAGUUCAAGUAGUUCUGUUGGUAAUUCAAAUUUUGAUGGCAAAGGAACCUAUUUAGUGUUCAAUGUUGGUGAUGCAAUUUUUAUCAGUGAUUUGAAUUCUCGAGAUAAGGACCCUAUAAAGUCUAUACAUUUCAGCAAUUCAAACCCCGUUUGCCAUGCAUUUGAUCCAGAUGCAAAGGAAGGACAUGACUUGCUCAUUGGGUUAAAUUCUGGAGAUGUUUAUUCAGUAUCUUUACGGCAACAACUACAAGAUGUUGGGAAGAAGCUUAUUGGGGCACAACAUUACAAUAAGGAUGGUGUUGUCAACAACAGUCGUUGUACUAGUAUCGCAUGGGUGCCUAACAGUGAUGGGGCUUUUGUUGUUGCUCAUGCGGAUGGAAACUUUUAUGUAUAUGAUAAGAGCAAAGACGGUUCUGCUGAUCCUUCAUUUCCAAUCAUCAAGGAUCAAACUCAAUUUUCUGUUUCCCAUGCACGCUAUAGUAAGAAUCCUAUAGCUAGAUGGCAUAUUUGUCAAGGUUCAAUCAAUAGCAUUGCUAUCUCAAAUGAUGGGGCUUAUAUUGCAACUGUAGGGAGAGAUGGUUAUCUGAGAGUGUUUGACUAUAAAAAUGAACAGCUUAUAUGUGGUGGGAAAAGCUACUAUGGUGCUCUAUUGUGUUGUGCAUGGAGUAUGGAUGGGAAGUACAUUUUAACUGGUGGAGAAGAUGACCUAGUUCAAGUUUGGAGCAUGGAAGAAAGGAAAGUAGUUGCAUGGGGUGAGGGACACAAUUCUUGGGUAAGUGGAGUGGCAUUUGAUUCAUAUUGGUCAGCACCAAAUUCAGAUGCUACGGAUGAAAAUGUUGUCUACCGAUUUGGUUCUGUUGGUCAGGACACACAAUUACUUCUAUGGGAUCUGGAAAUGGAUGAGAUUGUAGUACCAAUGCGCCGUCCUCCUGGUGGAUCUCCAACUUUCAGCACCGGGAGUCAGUCAUCACAUUGGGAUAAUGCUUGCCCUGUGGGUACUUUGCAACCUGCUCCAAGUAUGCGAGAUAUUCCAAAAAUAUCACCCCUGGUUACUCACCGUGUUCAUACUGAACCGCUCUCUGGUUUAACAUUCACUCAUGAAUCAGUGCUUACUGUCUGCCGGGAAGGGCACAUUAAGAUCUGGAUGAGACCAGGCUUUGGUGAAAACCAAUCAAGCAACUCAGAUUCUUUAUUGAGUACUAGUCUAAAGGAGAAGACAUCGUUAUCUGGGAAGACUCUUUCUUCGAGUUACAAGCAAUAACAUAACAAUCAUACAACGGGUUGCAAAGUAGAGGAUGCAGUAAGUGGGGUCCUUUUCGUACAUACUACCAUUGACUGCUCUUCAAUUAGUUUGCUCAUUUCUAAUAAGCACAUGAUAUGACGUUGCUCGAUGAGAUUAACUGACCAAUUGUAUAGCGAACAAUGAAGAUGCUGCUGGGAGCAAGAUCAGGUUGGAAGAACAGUAUGUACCUAGCGGUAAGUAUGAAAUGCUUAACAAGAACUUCUAAGCUGAUGUGCUGAAAUAAUCGAUAUUGUCUUUUGAGAUGCGAAAUUUCUAGUUCCCACCCUGCUAGAACUCUCCCAGCCCCUCCCUUUUCCCCUCUUUGUUCUUUUCUUUCCUUUUUUUCUUCCUCUGUAGGCAAUUUUUCCUAGUAACUACUGGUUGACAUUUUUGUAUUGGAUUACCUCAUGUUUUGCCCUGUCUAAUAUUUUGGCCGUGGCGUAUGAGGCUGAUAAAGCUUAUUUAAGGCAUUUUUUCAUAAAAAUUUUCCUAUGCAA